AUGUCUUCUUCUAAUUUUUCUUCUAGUUCCGCCGCCUCCUCCUCGCAUGACGAUGCCGUGGGGGAGGGAAGUUCCGCGCAUGUUUCCAAGGAGGGUAGUUCCGCGCGUGUCUCUAAGGAAAUGGAUGGAAUUACGAAGGUGAAAAAUUAUCCCGACCACGUGAUCUACAAGCAUUACUACUACUUUAAGGGUCCAAAGAAGAAGGGCGACCAAGUGGAGUGCGAGUAUUGCAACAAGACUUUUGCUUGGAGUAGUAGCCGUUGUCCCGAGCACCUCGCCGAGUGGCACGAUCCCCAUCGGCGGCGCGAGGCGGGAGUGGUUUGCAAGGAUGUGCCGAAGGAGGUUUCGAAGGAGAUUCGCGAGAUGUUCGAAGCGAAGAUUCGCGCGCGCAACCAAAAGGCGAAGGCGACGGAGGCGGCGCUCGUUGCGGUGAGCGGCAAGAGCGCGGCGGGAGAGAAGGCGAAGAAGCGCGGGCGCAUGGAAGAUUUUUACGGCGAGGGGGGCGUCGCGGCAAAGAAGGCGGCCGACGAAUCCAUCGUCCUCUACCUCGCGGGGACGCGCACAUCGGAGCGCCAGUGCGAGCACCCGCUCUUCCUCAACAUGUUGCGCGCCGUCGCUGCAGCCGGCCAGGGAUAUGUCCCCCCCAAGCGGCACUACGUCGGAGGCGCCGGCCUUCAAGACUGCAAGCUGCGGAUCGAGAAGGCGUUGUCGCCCGUGACGAAGUCGUGGAGGGAGACAGGCGUGACCAUCGCCAGCGAUAUGAUGCAGGACGUGAGCGGCCGCGCGCAGUUGAACGUUAUUUGCAUCAACGACACUGGAGCUGUCUUUGUUGAGGCAGUUGACUGCAAGGCUGCGACGAAGAGCGGCAAGUUCAUCGCGGGCGUCCUGCGGCCGAUCAUCGAGCGCAUCGGGGCAGAGCACGUCGUCGCGCUGUGCACGGACGGCGGCAGCAACUACAAACGUGCUGGCAAGCUGCUGCAGAAGGAGUGGCCGCAUCUCGACCUUGUUCCCUGCGCCACUCACGUGAUGGACCUGCUGAUGGAGGACAUCGGCAAGAUGGACUGGGCGCAGCUGGUCGUGACUCAGGCCGACGAUAUUAUCAGCUUCGUGCGCGCACACCAGUGGACGCGGGCAUUUCUGCGGCUCCCGGAGCUGCACGGCGAGAAGAAAUCGCUGCAGGCCCUGAAGCCGGCCGGCACGCGCUUUGGAACGCAAUACAUCGCUGUGUCUCGUCUGCGCGCCAUUCGCCCCCAGCUGCAGGCGAUGGUGGCGCACAAGGACUGGGCGGAGAAGGGGGGGAGCAUGCAGACGGGAACGGAUUUUGAAGGGUGGGUGAGCGACCCAGCGUGGUGGAAGAAGGUGGACUUCUUCGUGCAGCUGAUGGAGUUGUUCUACACUGUGAUGCGGAGGACGGAUUCAGCGGCGAAGGGGAUGAUGGGUCAGCUUUACGACAUAAUGCUGCAGCUGACGGAGGAGUUGGAUAAGAUGCUGGAUGGGAGGAAGUGUAAGCUGAGCAGGGCGGAAAAGGAGAAGGUUAGGGAGCAUUUGAGGAAGCGGUGGGAUGAGAGCAUGGCAUGCCCCCUCCACGUGGCAGGCCGGAUCUUGAACCCGGCCAACCAAGAGGAGGGGAUUUUCCUGCAGGAUCCUGAGUGCACCAGGGUGAUGCAGGACUGGCUGGAGCGCCAGCAGGUCUUUGUAGACACAUACUGGGGGAAGGCGCGCGGCAAGAAGGGACCGGUGCGGCCGCUGCACGAGGGUGUGACAGCCUACAUCAACGGCCAUGGGAAAUUUGGCUCAGACACCGCGAUCGACGGGCGUAAAAAGAUUCAGCUGGGGGAGGGGGACGUGAUGCUGUGGUGGCAGUACAAUGGAUGGGAGUACCUUGACCUGGCGCGUCUUGCGCGCCGCACGCUUUCCCAGACCGUUUCCGCUUCCCCGUGCGAGCGUAACUGGUCUACUUGGGAUGGCGUGCAUACGGUGCGCAGGAACCGCCUCGGGUCGGAGAAGGUCCGCGACCUUGUGUACAUCACGCACAACUGGCCUGUUGUGCGCGGCAUCCACAAGGGUGCGGAUGAUGCAGGGCCUAGUGUGGUGGGAAGGAAGGGGGGGGUGUUGGAGGGGAACAUCCCCCCCCCUCCCAUUCCCGAGGGGUACAAAUUGGAGGAGGAUGAGGAGGUGGACGCGGACGAGGACGCCGUGUGCGUCGAUGAGUGGGAGGGGCAGGAGGACGAGGAUGAGGAGGAGGAGGAGGAGGAGGAGGAGGAGGAGGAUGAGGAGGAGGAGGAGGAGGAGGAGGAGAGGAAGGAGGAGACGUAG